CUGUGCUUCUCACAACAGAGAAAGUUCAAGAAGAGAUUGAUCGGGUAGUAGGACGAUCACGAAGACCUUGCGUGGCUGACCGGACCCAGAUGCCCUACACAGAUGCAGUGGUCCAUGAAAUCCAGCGUUUCAUCACCCUCAUCCCUACAAGCCUCCCUCAUGCAGUCACUAAAGACAUCCACUUGAGAGACUACAUCAUUCCCAAGGGUACCACCAUCUAUCCCCUCCUCAGUACCGCACUGUAUGACAGCAAGGAGUUUCCAAACCCAACUGAGUUUAAUCCUGGACAUUUCUUGAACCAGAAUGGCACCUUUAGGAAGAGCGAGUUCUUCAUUCCCUUCUCAGCAGGGAAACGAAUUUGCCCUGGAGAGGGCCUGGCACGCAUGGAGAUAUUCUUAGUCUUGACCGCCAUCCUGCAGAACUUCACCGUGAAGCCUGUUGUCAGCCCUGAGGAACUCAGCAUCACCCCAACACUGAGUGGGACAGGAAAUGUUCCUCCCUACUACCAGCUCUGUGCUAUCCCCCGCUGAGGGGCACAAAACCUCACUGCUGUGCUCCUCAGCCAGUCUGCUCCUUUACACCUCCCCGACUCAAACCAGUGGCAGGAACGUUGCCCCACCACCUCAAAGCCCCCACGAGGACAGCCCACAGACAAAGUCUGUGGUAGAUCAAACACAAUGCUUUGAACACGUCCCAGAACGGCUCCUCCUCACACAGCACAGAAGGUGAUGUUGCACCCCACUGCAAUGACACUAUGUCACAUCACAGGCUGCAUGAGCACAGCAGACCCACUGAACAGCUGAUUUGCUCACAGCUGUGACUCUGUGGCUAUCCAUCACCCGCUUCUCUGGCCUUGUGUGUCCCAACAGCAGCAGCAGCAGACUUUGCAGAGGGACCGAGUUGCUAUGCUGUAUGUUUAUGCUAAUGACCCAAUAAAGAACAAUCUGUUCAUGAGGA